AAUAUAUUUAUUGUUUAAUCCACAGAAAUGUAUUGAAAUCUUGUUUACCUAUAUUAUUAAACCUCCGAAUAAUAUUAAGGCUGAACGCGGUUCGGUGAUAUUGAACCCGUGUACCGUUAUAUCUUCACAUAGACAACCUUUAAUACAAUAACUGCUGUGUUCCCGUCUUGGGCUGGGCUUAUAAAGUCUAUAAAGGAACGCCUCACGCGGAACAAAAGAACACGAUCUGAGCUCCCACUCUCAUCGUAACGAACGUGGCCAAGGCCACCAGGUAUUUACUGAAGCUACGGUUGGGUGGGCAGGAUUUUCACCUACAGUCAGUCAAUCUCGCUACGAAUGCUAUUAAAGCCCCUGUCACCUGUAAGGCUGCCAGUAUAUCAAAACAAACGUGUGUAUAGGCAUUGAUCGGCACAGGGGAGAGUCUACCAUACAACUGAGUCAAUCAGAUGUCAUCUGCUCACAACAUUACAACGUAGGACAGCGUUCAUAUCAUAUUCUCUGUCUCUUCCUCAACCAACACAGACAGCCUUUUAAGGCCUGUCGCACGGUGAUACUUUCAUUGACAGUUUCUUUGGAAAAUAUUUGAAAUACACUGCCAUCAUGAAUUUCAAAAAAUCCAAGUUGUACAAAACAAUUGUCAAUGGUGCUCCUGACGCAGUGAUGAAGACCCUUUGGGACUACCUUAAAAGCGGUAAGGAUGUCAACCUGAAAGAUGAAACUACGGGAGAAUCAUUGCUUCAUCUUCUUGUCCGGCACGGAGAAAGGUUCUGUACCCCAGAAACAAUCCAGGCUAUCUAUAUGUUGGUAUGUAAGGAUGUAGAUAUUGACGCCCAGGAUCAAGCUGGCGAAACGGCCCUCCAUAUCGUGAUGAGGAAAAAAGGCACCUACAGGAUAAUGAUGGCAAUAGUCAGGUGCGGGAUCGACACGGCUAUCAAAAACAAUGACGGAAAGACAGCGGAGGAAGUGCUUCUCACAGAAAAACCAGACGGAUGGCAGGAGAUGCAGCACUGGUAUAACAAAUACAAGCCCGGUCUCUGGCGAGCCCUUGCAGCUGAGGAGCCCGACCGGAAACUAGUUGAAAAACUUCUUAAAAACUGGUGUCGACUCACUUGCAUAAAAGGUGGCAAAGUGACAAGUAUGAAGUCAUUAGUCAAGGAAGAUGUCCGUAAAAUUGACCUCCUGCACAUGAUCGAGGAUUAUGAGAACGCCAACGAAAUGGCUCUUGCGCUGAACGCCGGGUUUGGAUUCAUUGUUAAAUCAUGGAUGAAACAAGGUACGGAUUUAAUGAAGUCAGUUGACCCGAACACUGCCGAUUACUCAUACCAAUUCAACUACCCAGACUCACCCGAAGUACCACGCCCCCUGUUGGCUGCGGCCUGGGAGACAAACAGCUAUGACACUGUCGACGUCCUCAUGGACAUGAAACCCAACACAAGAGCUCUGUAUUCUAACGAACCAGAUUCUGUUAAUCCUCCCAAACCGCUGUUCUUUCAGCUCGUAUGUGGCAAUUCCAUUCCCGCUGACGAUCGAAUUCUCCUGAGGGUAUUCAGAGGAUCUGAUCUUCAAGCAAGAGACAGGGAUGGACAGACAAUUCUUCACAAAGUAAUUGAACACCAAAAAGCAGAAAAUACUUUCCGCAUUUUAAUGACAUAUGGUGCUGAUAUUGCGGCACGUGACCGUCAAGGUCGUACGGCUCGUGAUUUAGCCUUGAAGUUAAACAGACCGGAAUAUAGCACAUGUGUGGAUGAACAUAUCAUAAAACUUGUGAAAGACAAGAAAUUCGAAGACAUUGAGAGACUUAUUCUGCAAAGUUACGACCAACUUUUGAAUGUUACUGAUAGUGCCAAGAGAACAAUGGUUGAUAUUGCCAAGAAAUAUGGGAAUCGCCACAUCUAUGAAGUUGUCAAAUUGUCAGCGGCCAUUCAGGCAUACGUUAGACGAGUAUUCCAGGCAGUUGCAGAUGACAAAAUGGAGGACCUCAAGAAACUGCUCUCUUGUAAAAAAUACCACAAUGUCCGAGACAAGUGUGGACGGACGCUGCUGCAUAAAGCAGUUAUGAAGAAGAGGAGGACAAUGGUCAAGUUUCUCAUUGAAGAAUACCCUCAGAAUCUCAACGUUGGCGACACGAUGGACCGUACACCUCUGCACUACGCCUACCUGUUUUCAGAUGACGGCGACAAUUCUGUCACAAUGAUGGUCAACAAUGGUGCCAAUGCCGAGUUUUGCGAUGCUUUUGGGAUGCGGCCAACCGAUAUGACAGUAGCCAAAUGUGGCAACCAGAAAUUUGGUCAGAUACAAAAGGACGUGACAGAUCUCGACUUCAAUAUCUACCUGUCGGAGAAAGAUUUCUUAACGUCAUUCUCGUCCGCUAUACAGAAAGGCGAUCUAGAGACGGUCAAAAGCCUGGUUUCUGGACUCCGGGCCUUCGGAGACAUGUCACAGUUCAGCAAGUCUCUUUUCGAGUGUAUUGACCAGAAUCAAACAGAAAUCGCAAAGUUCCUUAUCAUGGCUGGUUUCAAGACAGACAUCUACAAGCAGUAUACCGCAUGUGACCCCAACGACCCAAUGUGUGCAAUGAUGGAAUGUGGCCACAGCAUGACGUCACUGAAAGAGAGAGCUACCGAGAAAAAGUGUGAUGAUAUAGUUAAUCUUAUUGACGGAAUUUCAAAUGGAAAGGUAAAAUUAGCCAGAGUAGAACCACAAAACGGACUCGGAGAAUAUGGGAUUGCAUAGGUAUGCAUAUAUACUGAACAUAGCAUGGCGGAUAUGACGUCAUGUACCGUUCAUAGCUGACAUAGAAGAGUUUUAAGUUCUAAAUUUCCACGGAAGUAAUUCCAGUGUGUAAUAUUCGUGUAUUAUUGAAUCUCAUUCGUUUCUACUGUAAGGAAUACACGGUAAACAUGUGAGUGAUAAACAUGGUGAGGACAGAUGACCAUGGUAUCCCGGAUGUAGAGUACUCGUAGUUGACAUUUAGUCAUUGUAUAUACAUAAAUCAUUGUUGAAAGACAUUGUUAGUAUGCGUUGUGAUUCAUGUACAGUACAAAGGUGAAAACAUGUUUGUGUUGAACAAGCUUGCGCCAUUAAUCAAUCAACUGUAGAUAAGCUACUGUUUAGAUCGUGUUGUUUAGUUUUACAAUACGGUGCUGUGCUAUUUCAGUUACACUUAUGACACUUUCAAUAUAUCUUCUCUUAUUCACUUCUAGGUUUUGUAUUUUGACAAGUGUUUUGUGAAGAUCAAAUCAAAGCCUUAGAGAAUAUUUUCUUACGCAAUUUCUGAUAUUAUUUUGGAAAUAUGAAUAUGUAUGUUGAUAAUAAAAUAGUAUACAGCAAUCCCGCAUGAAUACAAAUACUAUGAGUAAAUUAUUAUAAUACUCAGUUCCUCAUUUACUGUAAUCAAACUGCUCUCACUCUCUGUGUGUGCGUUGGUAUUGGUGUAUUUGUCCAAACCCAAUAUUUACUGUGUAUUGUGAAUCUCAUACUUAUCAUUGACAUCUGUUGUAGUGUUUGUGAAUCUCGCAGUAUCAGUUUUUAUUGUGAUUUUACAGCAUCAACAAUAUAAGGUUCAGGUGUCCUAUUUAACCAAAAAUGUGUUCAGCAUAUUGUUUUAAAUAUUUCUAUUCACAAAAAUGUAUUCAUCAAACGAGAACAACACUUUUCGACAUGGCAAUACCUGCAUUUCCUCAACAUAUCGUUAACUAUUCUUUCAAGGUAGGUUUUCUGUCUAUAUCAAUACAUUUGGGAGGGGAAACAUAAUUGAAAUAUGCUAAAAAAUACCCACACUACUUCUAUUGAAGAUAUGUUACAGGUGGCCAGUGUUAAAAAGGCAUUUUACUGACGUGCUCUUAGUAUUAAGGAAUCUUCAGAUCUUUAAAGGUCAUAGUAUAAUCUAUCUUUAUGAAGAUAAAUCUUACCCUGCUUAAAGCUUAUAGUAAUCUAAGGUAACAUGAAAAGAUAAAUGGUGACUUUUAAGUGCUGAGGUACAUUAACAGUUGCCAUUUACCUGUGUAGAUACUCUUGAAACUUACCUAUAUAAAGGUAAAACUGUGUGGUUUUCUGUAUAACAAAUGGUGUGUCAGAUGGUGCUAUACAUAAUGAACACUUCUUGCGAGUGAGUGCGUUGAUAGUAAAUGACUGAAUGAUAGAACAUCUGAAUCUAUAUAAAUCAAAAGCUGCAUUCAUCUCCGGUCACCUGGUAUACAUUCAUAGAGCUGGAGAAUACGUAUAUUUUUAUAGAGGCAAUGUCUUAUUGAUGAACUCGAGUCUUUGUUGUGUACCUUAUAUAUGUUGUGAAGUAACAAGAGGGAGCAUGUGUCGCAAAUAAACCCGACUGAGGAUGAUGACGGCGAAUUGGCAUGCAGUGCUCAAAUAAGGGUCUCCUCGAGUGCAAGAUAUUCCCAUACUAAUGGACAGGAUAUCUGGUAAUCCAAAAAGGGGCUGUUUGAGUAAAGGUUGUUCCCAGAGUUAGGGAUAGGAUAGCAGGUAGUCCAGUAAGGGGCUGUUUGAGUAUGGGUUCUUCCCAGACUGAUUGAUAUAGCAACACAUGAUUCAAUAAGAAGCUGUUUGAGUAAGGGCUGUUUUUAGACUGAGGAAUGAGAGAGCAGGUGCUCAAAUACGGGGCUGUUUGAGUUAGAGUUUUUCCCAAACUGAGGGAUAGGAUGUCAUAUACUCCAAUAAGGGGCUGUUCGAGUAAGGGCGAUUCUGAGGGGAGAGAUGAGGGUGCAGAUGUUCCUAAGAUGAGGGAUGGAUAAGUAGGUGCUCAAAUCAGGGACUGUUUGGGUAAGGGUUGUUCCCAGACUGAUGGAUGGGAUAGCAGGUGCUCCAAUAAGGGUAUGUUUGAGUAAAGGUUGUUACUCAAGUAUAGUAUCAUAGUAUUAUACCUGCUUCACUGUAUACAAUAUAUAUACUUUAAGUCUGCAUUCUGUUCGUUGUAAAUGGGUAAAAUAUAUUUCACAGAUACAUUGUUCUCGUUAUAUAUCAAUAUGUAUUGUUACCAAAUUAUAUAUAUGUGUGUUUAUAAUGAAAUGACAAGAUAAUAGUAAUGAGAUGUUGACGUUUUCGUGUCGUAUGAGAGAGGUGUACGUUUUAUAUAUCAUUCUGUUAUAUUAGGAGAGAGUCGUUUAUAUACAAAAUCGUACGUCCAAUAUUUUGUCAUGAAAACAGUAUGUGAACCAAUAAAAACUUCUGCCUUAAAAUGGUA